AUGCCGGAAAAUGUGGAAGUCAAUCAAACAGUUACGAACGCCACUGAAUCGGUAAUAAGUGCAAUCAUGGCGCAGAAACUGAACGAACUCAAGCGGAUGUUGGAGGCUUCCCUGCAGGAUAAUUCCAAGCCUUGGACUCCUCUGCUAAAAACCGCCGAGGAAAAAACCGGCGUUAACAGAUUAUACAUCGCACUAGGAUUAGCCGUUUUCGUCGGUCUUUGGUUGGUGUUUGGCUAUUUCGCACAAUUGGUAUGCAACACGGUCGGUUUUCUCUAUCCCGCUUACAUUUCCAUAAAAGCCAUCGAAUCGAAAGAAAAAGACGACGACACCAAAUGGUUGACUUAUUGGGUGGUUUUCUCCGUGUUCUCGGUCGCCGAAUAUUUCGCCGAUUUCAUCGUUCGAUGGUUCCCGUUGUACUGGCUCGUUAAGGCUAUAUUCUUGGUGUGGUUGAUGAGUCCCGGUGAAUGGAACGGUUCGAUUGUCCUAUACAGGAGGAUUAUAAAACCGUAUUUCUUAAGACACCAGAAAGACAUCGAUGUUUCCUUCAAUAAAAUGAAAGAUUCCGCGCAUAAAAUCUUCGACAAAAAGGAAUAG